UUUCACUAACUGUUGUGUGUCUCAGACCGGAAGUGAAUUUUUCACAAAAAAAUAAGUCUUUAAAUUAAAUAUUUCCCCACAAUGUCACUUGAUAAUGCUAACCCCAUCUUGUAUGAACGAACAAAAGAGCGAGACCUACGCCCUGAAGAUGAGGAUGAUGAUGUUGAGGACGAAUUUGAUGACAGAGAAGUGUUUGAUUUAAUACGGUGUAUCAAUGACCCAGAACAUCCCCUUUCGUUGGAAGAAUUGAACGUUGUUGACUGUGACAAUGUUCAUGUUGAUGAUGCAGGGAACCGAGUUGAGAUUUUGUUCACACCAACCAUUCCUCACUGUAGCAUGGCCACACUGAUAGGGCUUUCCAUACGCGUGAAACUUCUGCGUGCAUUGCCACCAAGGUUUAAGGUGGAUGUGAAGAUCUCACCAGGAACACAUGCCUCUGAAGAUGCAGUGAACAAGCAGCUGGCUGAUAAAGAGCGUGUAGCCGCGGCAUUGGAGAACAGCCACCUGCUGGAUGUGGUGAAUCAGUGCCUCGCUGCUCGCCCAAGUGCCGGAUGAAAUCUCUUGUUUAGUUAGAUCCUCACGUGAGGGCUACAUACAUUGUGUGCUUCUGCUAUGACAUUGAUCAGUGAAUAUAUAAUGGACUGCCAGUUGUUUGAAAUAAGGCCUCAACAAUAAAUAUUGUUUGUUUCCAUUUAUAUCCAAUGUAGGGUAGGUAGAUUGGGGUACUUUUAUUUUAGUAAACUGGUGUCUUAUAUCAUUUUCACACAAAAAACCCAUCGCAGAACAGUCUUGGUACAUUUACUCCUUUUUUCCUGUGCAAGAAAAUACCAAAAAUGAAGUCCAAAAGGAGAGAAAAAAUGUCUGAAGUAGGGUGCAAAAUUACGGUACGUCUGGAAACCUUACAAUCAAUUUAUUUCACUGUUUCACCUAAGCUGAGUGUAAUGCAGACUUAAUAAACCCACUGAAACUUUAUAUAGUGCAUGGGAAACCCUCUAAAACCAAUUAAUUGCAUGGCUCCUAAUGAAUUUCAAAAUCUUAAGAUGUAUGACUAUUAAGUGCAAAUAAUAUUUAGACUAGUUAGAGGGACGAUUUUUCUGCCAUUUUUACACAAGUUGUCUACACCAGUACAGUUACAAGUGAUAACGUAAAUAUGAUUCAUGUUUGAUUUUAAGCAAAAAUCAUAUAAUUUCUUCAUAUUUAUGUUACUUUUAUUCACUUUAAGAUGUCAUUGAAAAUAUGCCAUGUCUCGAAGAAGAUCCAUUUAAAGCUACUAUCUACAAUAGUUGUUAAUUGUUACUGUAGAUUUUGUAUUCUUGUAUUACAUAUAUGUAUACAUACGGUAGUUUAUCAUUGACUGAUGCUUGCAUUGCAGAAAAUGGUUUACUAACACUGGGAUGUUAAAUAUGUAAAAUUAUGUAAUUAUUGAGCCUAAAUAUCUUAGUUUAUACAUGUAGAUUAUAUUGUUGAGAAUUUAAAGUGUGUGAUAAUUGUUUAAUAAAAUUUGAACGAAA